AUGUUGUUGCGUGUGUGUCCGUCGUCUUUCUUCUACCUCCGACCGCUUCAUCUCUUCAGUUCCUCUGCAAAAAUCCCUUUUUGUCCCUCUCUUCGCCGUGAAUUUCGGUUAAGCCCUUCCCGAUCUUCUUCUUCCUUCCGUCGGAUGGAGUCUUCUCCAGCCUCGUCUUCGUCUCCGACGCCGGUAACCGCUUCAGCCGCCGAUUCCUUAGCGAAAGAUCUGCAUAAUCAAACUCUGGGAGCCGUUGAUGAAGGUGCUAAGAUCAAACGCAGGCUUGAAGACUUUAACUGGGAUCACUCCUUUGUUAAGGAAUUGCCUGGUGAUCCCAGAAGCGAUGUUAUCUCGCGUGAGGUAUUACAUGCUUGCUAUACAAAAGUUUCCCCAUCCGUAGCAGUAGAUGAUCCUCAGCUUGUAGCUUGGUCUGACUCUGUUGCAGAGAUUUUGGAUUUAGAUCCUAAAGAAUUUGAAAGGCCAGAUUUUUCUCUCAUACUCUCUGGUGCUAAACCUUUCCCAGGAUCAAUGCCUUACGCUCAGUGCUACGGAGGACACCAGUUUGGCAUGUGGGCCGGACAACUAGGAGAUGGCCGCGCCAUAACUCUCGGAGAAGUUUUGAACUCCAAAGGUGAAAGAUGGGAGCUACAGCUUAAAGGUGCAGGCAGGACUCCUUACAGCCGUUUCGCCGAUGGGCUUGCGGUGCUCCGUAGUAGCAUCAGAGAGUUCCUUUGCAGUGAGUCUAUGCAUUAUCUCGGAAUCCCUACCACACGUGCCCUUUGUCUUCUCACAACAGGAAAAGAUGUCACCCGCGACAUGUUUUAUGAUGGGAAUCCGAAGGAAGAACCAGGCGCAAUAGUCUGUAGGGUGUCUCAGUCGUUUCUCCGGUUCGGCUCAUACCAAAUCCAUGCUUCUAGAGGGAAAGAGGAUCUUGAGAUCGUUCGGAAGUUGGCAGACUAUGCCAUCAGACAUCAUUUCCCACAUAUAGAGAGCAUGAACAGAAGCGAUAGCUUGUCUUUCAAAACCGGUGAUGAAGGUGAUUCGGUUGUGGACCUAACAUCCAACAAGUAUGCAGCAUGGAUUGUUGAGAUUGCGGAGCGUACAGCUACUUUAGUUGCAAGAUGGCAAGGAGUAGGUUUCACACAUGGUGUGCUCAACACUGACAAUAUGAGCAUUUUGGGACAAACUAUUGACUAUGGCCCGUUUGGGUUCUUGGAUGCUUUUGAUCCGAGUUACACCCCAAACACCACAGAUCUCCCCGGAAGAAGAUACUGUUUUGCUAAUCAGCCUGACAUUGGCUUGUGGAAUAUUGCUCAGUUUUCCAAGACUUUGGCAGUUGCUCAGCUGAUAGAUCAAAAGGAGGCCAAUUACGCCAUGGAGAGGUACGGUGAUAAGUUCAUGGAUGAGUAUCAAGCCAUAAUGUCAAAGAAGCUUGGUCUCUCCAAGUAUAACAAGGAGAUCAUUAGCAAACUUCUGAACAAUAUGGCUGUUGAUAAAGUCGAUUACACAAACUUCUUCCGCCUUCUUUCGAAUGUAAAAGCAAACCCUGACACACCCGAAGAUGAGCUACUGAAACCCUUGAAGGCUGCGCUCUUGGACAUUGGAAAGGAAAGAAAAGAAGCAUGGAUCAAAUGGGUGCGAGGCUAUAUACAAGAGGUGGGUGGUAGUGAGAUAUCAGAUGAGGAAAGAAAAGCAGGAAUGGAUUCAGUGAAUCCAAAGUACAUUCUGAGGAACUAUCUGUGCCAGAGCGCAAUAGAUGCAGCUGAGCAAGGAGAUUUCUCAGAGGUCAACAACUUGAUCCGUCUAAUGAAACGGCCUUACGAGGAUCAGCCUGGUAUGGAGAAGUAUGCUCGGUUGCCUCCAGCAUGGGCUUACAGGCCAGGCGUCUGCAUGCUUUCUUGUUCCUCCUAG